AUGGGUCCCCUCCGCAACGCCGCGACCAUUGGAGCCCUGCUUCUUGCGGGCUUGACCCCAGUUCUCGCCCAAAAUCAGACCUGCACCAUCCCAACUCAGCAGUUACUCGGGAACCCUUCGUUCGAGAGCGGCGGCCUGAACCCCUGGGAUGCAAGAAAGCUGUGCACCCUAGAUGACUGUGGUGAUGUCUCAAGCCCUGAGAUCGUGCAGGACAACGCUCCGGAUGGAUCUUACGUGUUUCGGAAAUUCUUCGAUGACAACACACUCUGGGCGGCUUCGCAGAACGUGUCCAUCGACAGCCCGGGCCAGCCGCACAAUGUGUCCUUCUGGUUCCGCUAUGAAGCGACACCCGAGACGACGGUGACGAGCUGCGGUCUGAAUGUCCGAGUCGACGGCACAAGUCCGCUGCAGAACGUUGCGAGGUUCUCCCAGGCCCCCGGGGCAGACUGGUACCUGGCCCAGGCGACCUGGACGCCUAAGAGCACCCAGCAUAUCUUCUACCUGGUGUAUGGCUGCAACUACACCACGUUGUACCUCGAUGAUGUCCAGCUUUGGGCUCCAGAGAGGGAGCACGACGACGUCAACUUCUUCGCCUACUUCUUCACCUACUUCUUCGCCAACGACCUCUCCACCGUCGACAUCUUCCCAGACAACGACUUCCUCCACCACCUCUACAGGUCCCUCGACGAGCUCCUCUACCUCCUCGACGACUUCCUCCACAACAUCGACAUCUACAUCAUCGAGCACAUCAAGCUGCACGUCCACAUCCCACAGCACAACAACCUUCACAACCACCACGAGACCCACCGGGCACCCUGA